AUGACGGAUCGCCAAGGGGCCGCGGAAAGCGGAUCGUCAGGAAGCGUUCUCACAGCCGUCAAACCAACCGCUCUACAUGCACUUCCAGAGCAUCCGCUCGUCUUGCAGGACACUCGAUCUUCUGCCGACAGUCCACAGGCCACCCCUGAUACCAGCAAUGCUCCGGAGCCCAACGAUGGCCGCGACCAUCUUCCAAGGCGAGCGCCCGACGAGGAUGCGCAAGCAGCUCGCGACAAGCUCGAUCGCAUAGCCAAAGCACAACAGGCCAAGCGCAACUGGGCCAAGUCCACCGGUGUUACAUUGGUCUCUAAAGCAUUUGGCCGAAAUGAUCGCCGUCAACGCCGACGCCGACACGGUUUGUCGUCCGAUGAGGACGACAGCGAAGACGAGAGCCAUGACAAUGAGGCGACGAGAGGCAACAUUGACGAGGUCAGACUCAUGAUCACCGGCAAUCCAGUGGUCACAAAGGUCGUAGGCGCCGCCAACCGCGCCAGAGGUCGAUUCCGCGGUCAGACUGGCUCACCGGAGGCGUCGCCUCAGACAGAAGAGGGACCGUGGCGCUUCACUGCAAGCAGACCAGGCAGCUCUUUGGCCAAACGCUUCCGCCCGCCAUCCACUACACCGCCACCGGCCACCACGCCCUUCGGCACAAAUCUUUCUCCGUCGUCGGAAGCGGCACCACAUGGGUCAUCAUUAGAGCAAUACGCUGCCAUGCCAAGUGGUCCUCGCUCGAAGGCUCGGAAUACCUUGGGACCCGAACUGCUCGUCGUGGACGAGGAGGGCCAAUCUCGUCAGGCCACUGAUACAAGCCAGCCAAAGUCCAAUGCUCAUCUGAAUUUGCCUCCGUCCUCGAGAAGUUCCAAUAAUCACACUCCCAGCAGCAUCCAGUCCAGCUCGUCCAGCAAUCCUGUCAACGUGUCGGGUCUCGCACCACAACAGAGCAAUGACCAACGCGAUUCUUCCUCCAGUAUCACCGGCGGCGUUAUUCAUGACGAACCAGAUGUCCACGAUCACGACACAAUACGACGCCCGCUUUCGCCGGCUGCGUCUUCAGCCUCCGAUGUUUCCAGCGAUGACGAGCUGGAUGACAGCGUGCUCGGUUCGGAUUUGGACCAAGAUGGAGAUGCUCCAGCCAAUCUCAACUCUCUUAGCCUCGAACACGGUGACUCGCUCACCAAGGAAGAGCUCAAACGCCGCAAGAAGCUCAUUCGACGCGAGAUUCGGCGCAGAAAGGCCAACGGCGAACCCAUCGACGACCUCAUCCACUUGCACAGCAAGGUUGGCCAGCUAGGUCAUAAAGUCUCGAGACGUGUCUCCAAAAGCAUCAACAUCGCAACCAGCUCCGGCCGCAAUCGUCGAGCCAUGGAUCGUUAUUCACCACAUCCCACAGCGCUGACCUUGCAGACCUCGGAUCUGCCACGAAGCACGUCGGCGCAGAGUGCCGGUGGCGAAAUGACCUUCUCGGCCAUCACACCGUCCAUGUCCCGCAACAGCAAUCAUUUCGGUCAAAGGCGCGAGUCGGUCGCUACCUUUGCGAGUAGCCGAAGGAGCUCCUUAGCCGCCGACGACGACGACGACGACGCCUCCCAUCGAGACGGCGACGGUGCAAGCACUCUCCGCAAAAACAGCAUGAUCGACCGCUCUUUUCUCAGCUCUCGCAACAGCAUCCGCAAAUACUUACACGCGCCCAACGUGAUCAAGCGUCGACGUCAGAAGAAGUGGGAAGCCGAGAUGGACGCAAUAGAGCGCGCCGCGGACGAAGAGGCUCGCCACGCCGAUCCCGACGCGGAGAUCGACCACAUGCUGGCCAAGUAUGCACAGCAGCAAGCUCCAGCGGACGCCGACAAGACCAAGUACGAGUUUGACGUGCUCUACGAGAACCAGCGCGGCUUGCUCGUAUUUGGGAUCCCCAAAUUCAGCCCACGAACGCUCUUCCAGUGGGAUCCUUCUCCUUGGACAUCGUCCAACGGCAAAAAGUCGGCCUACAACAUCGCCAACGCGCAAUUGCCGGACCCUUCCUGGGAAUGGGCGUAUGACGAAUGGUACAUUGACAUGACAGGAGACGUCGAUGAGGCGGGUUGGCAGUACAGUGGCAACUUCGGUCGAAGAUUCUGGCCGAAUGUCCACUUCCCCCAUGGCAGGCUUGGAUUGCCAAAGACCGGCGUCGAUGGUAUCAUGGAGAUGAACGCUCGAGUCGCUCAGAGGGAAAAGAAGCGGCAAGAGCAGGAGGAUACCAAGGAGGACGGUGGGUUCGAAGCCAUCAAACGAACGGCGCGGGCCCGCACCAGCAAGUGGACGGGCUCGCCAGAUCCCUGGACUUUUGUUCGUCGCCGGCGAUGGAUUCGCCUUCGUCGUCGCAAGCCUCUGACCGGUGCCACCAAAGCGAUCGGUUCGGUCACUCCGCCCAUUGCCGCUGCUUCGCCUGCCCACGAGGUGCCCGUGCCGGAUGAGGCUAGCAAGAUGCCACUGUCCCCAGGCAGAGAUGGCAUCAAGCCAGGCCAAUCCGACGACGAGCUAGAGGCGGAAAGCUCGCUGGACGGGUCGGAUGAGUCCGACUCCUCUAGCAGCGAGGACGAUCCGAUGCUGUAUGCGCCAGCCUACGGCAGACCGUCGGGCUUCCUGCCUCGCCGAUUGCCAGGACACAUGGCCAACGGUUCGAACCCUGCCAAGAGCAAAGUUCCGAAACUCAGACGCAAGGCGCAGAAGCACGCCAAAGAGUUCACAGGGUCCAUCCGUGAACUCAAGAGCCUGCUGCCCAGCAUCAUCGCCAUGGAUCGCGAGGCUCGAGUCACUCGUGCGCCUACGGGUCUAACGGCGAGCCAGAGCUCGUACAAGUGGGCCAUGCUCAAGAUCAACAAGCUAGACGCUCGCAACCCGUUCAUCAGCUGGCAUUUCGUCAAGCACCGACUACAAGACCAGGACAUGGCGUUCGCUGCUACCACAUUGCGAUCUAUUGAACGCAAGUACCAGCAACGCCAGCUGGCAGCAAUGAAGAAGAAGGGCGGAACAGCACCCGACAGCCAUGUCAAACCUGUUCAUCCGCCGAUGCCUUCAACCUUCGCUGCUCCUUCCAGGAGCAUCCGCUUUGAUGGUCUGGCACCGGAAGCUGACACCGCUUACGACCGCGUAUCGCCACUCUCUGCUGAUCGAGCCGGUCAGACGGACAUCCCCACUCCGUCGCGUCUGCAGGAGCCUUUCACGGAAAGUCCUGUCGAGGGCCACGAACUCACUCGAGGAGCGCUGGUGGAGAUCAACUUUGCACGUGUGCUACGAGUGCUCCGAGCUUGCAAGAUCGAUCGACAGCGCAUGGAUCUGUGGAAGCUUUGGCUCGGUGUUGUGUCGCUCGAUACACUCAUGGAGACGGCGCGACGUGAGGAUCUCGCUGCGUUGGGACUGCUGGCUCCGAGCACCGAGGACGGAGGCGACUCGGCCUUGCAGAUCGGAGCCUCCUCGCCGCCGAUGGAUAUGCCCCACAUGAGCGGCGGCAGCUCGUUCCGCUACCGUCAGCGAGCCGAACGGGCUCGAUCGCGCUGGAGGGCUUCCACACCCAUGCCGGAUGCUUCGGAUGUGUGGGACGUGUUGGAGCGCAAGCUGGACGAAGUGCUGCUACUCUUCGAGUUCCAGAGCAACCGUGCUCAGUUCAUUCGGAUGCUGCUCGCAGUGCACGAGAAGCUGCAUCCGGACCACGUCUUCCGCGAUCACUCGUUGCGAACCUACCCAGUCGAGCUGUCGCCGGCUCACGUCCACGGCGACGCGGCCGAGAUGGGAGGUCCAACUGGUCCCGGAGGAGCGUUCGGGUCCCGUCUCGGCGGAUGGAAGCGGGCUGGUCUUCCUCGGCUCGAGUUCUACUCCGACCUGCAAAGGAUUCUGGCGGCUGUGCCGGGCAACGAUGCCACCGUCAACGCCGAAUACAUACUCAGCCAGCCGGAAGGGCUCCAGGAGCUCGAAAUGGUCGCCAUGCCCAUGGAGCACCACGGCAGCAACGCGCUCGUCGACAAGCUCGAAGCUGAGGCGCUGUCCGAUUCGUUCCUCGACCACGAGAAGAUCCCGUCUGGUGGCGCGACCGGUCUAGGCAUCCAGCGACCGAGGAAGGAGGCCAGCAAGAGACUCAGCGCGACGUUGCCGGAUAAGACAGGGUCGAGGAGUCCAUCGCCUGUCUCGCGGGCGCCGUCCGUGCCGCUGCCGUAUCGUCACUCGCCACUUGCAGCUGCCGAACCGGUCAAUCAAGGCUCGAUGUCGACGCACGAUCGGAGCUCGGCGUCGUUCACCGACAGAGUCGGGGCGACAGGCUCGACUGAGUCGACGCCUCCAUCAUCUGCUCCUGAUGGCACCCGCGAGGAGAGUGGACACGACUCGAAGACCGAGUCUGGUCAAAACAAGGAGGUCAGCACGACCGCAACGCCGACAGCAGAUACCGAGGCUGGAACACAAGCUACACAGACAGCCUUCGUUCCGCAACAAGCGCCAUCCAAUGGUCCCGCGAGGACCGAGGCGACGAUUUUCACACCGAUCAGCAAACCUGGUCCCAACAACAAGGCGGCUGACCACAACACGGCCUCGAUUGCCACCUCCGCAGAGGCAGUCAGACACAAACGCACCACACCUCGACCACCCAUUCCUGUCCGAAGCGGCUCUGUCUCGCCGCAAAAGCCUUCGAAAGACAGGUUCUAG